UCCCCGUAAGAGACCGGAGUAACACCGUACUGGCCAUGCUGCUCCUGCAGGUAUCUAUUCUGCUUUGGUUUGGAGUCUUUAGGUUCGAUUUCUCCGAUGCACUCUCGGACCUGGAACCGAUCCGGACUGAGUCAGCUCUUCUCAAACCGAAGGUGAUGAUCGCCAUUCUGGCUCGCAAUUCCGAACACAGCCUUCCUUUUUACCUGGGCUGCAUCGAACGCUUGGACUAUCCAAAGGACAGGAUUGCUAUCUGGGCUGCAGCAGACCACAGCGUUGAUAACACGACGGCCAUGCUGCAGGAGUGGGUGUCUGGAGUGGAGGGACUGUACCAUUCCGUACGAUUCCGGACCACGGAGCAUGGGAAGAGUUCCUAUGCUGAUGAGCUUGGUCCCAAGCACUGGCCAGACUCCAGGUUCAACCACGUGAUGCAGCUGAGGCAGGCUGCUCUCCGAUCGGCCCGGGCUCAAUGGGCUGACUACGUCUUGUUUGCCGACAGCGAUAACUUGCUGACAAACCCGAAGGUCCUGAGCCUGCUGAUAGCCGAGAACCGCACGCUGGUGGCCCCCAUACUGGAAUCCAGAACGCUCUACUCCAACUUCUGGUGUGGUAUGACCACACAGGGAUAUUAUAAGAGAACCGAUUCAUACAUUCCCAUUCGAAACUGGAAGCGGGUUGGGUGCCACGCCGUGCCCAUGAUUCACUCCACCAUGCUGUUGGAUUUACGCCGCCGCGCCAGCCAUGCCUUGGCCUUCUACCCGCUCCACCAGCUCUACCCAUGGAUCCUGGAUGACAUCCUGGCUUUCUCCUUUUCAGCGAGACAGGCAGGAGUGCAGAUGUUUGUGUGUAACAGAGAGCAUUAUGGGUAUUUGCCUGUGCCACUGCGGACCCAGGAGACCCUGGAGGAUGAGGUGGAGAGCUUCACCCACACUCUCACCGAGGCCAUGCUUGAUUUCGCCUUGGAGCCUUCACGCUAUUUGCACGCGCCAUCCAGAAACAAAGACAGAAUGGCAUUCGACGAGAUCUAUGUCAUUAAUCUAAUGCGGCGCAUGGACCGUAGGGAGCGUAUGUUGCGCACUUUGGAUGUUUUGGGGAUUGAAGUCACACUGACUGAUGCAGUGGAUGGCAAAGCUCUGAACUCAUCGCAGCUCCAGGUUUUAGGGAUUGAGAUGCUGCCCAGCUACCAAGACCCCUACUCCGGGAGAGUGCUCACUAAAGGAGAGAUCGGCUGUUUUCUCAGCCAUUACAACAUCUGGAAGCAGGUGGUGGAACGUAAGCAGCGGCAGGUCCUCGUGCUAGAGGACGACAUUCGCUUUGAACCGAAUUUCAAGAGCCGUCUGAACACAAUCAUGGAGGACAUUCGGCAGAAACAGCUCCAAUGGGACUUGAUAUACGUGGGCCGUAAGCGGUUGCAGGUGAAGAAUCCUGAACGCUGGGUGAAGGGGAUAAAGAACCUGGUAUACCCUGAUUAUUCUUAUUGGACGCUGGGAUACAUACUCUCUCUUCAGGGUGCUAAGAAACUGCUGGAGGCGAAACCUUUGGGCAAAAUGCUGCCAGUAGAUGAGUUCCUGCCCGUUAUGUUCAACAAGCACCCUACGGAAGAGUACCUGGUUCAUUUUAAGCAGAGGGACCUGCUAGCCUUCUCGGUGGAACCUCUCCUCCUCUACCCAACCCACUACACAGGAGAACCAGGCUAUAGCAGUGACACUGAGACAUCCACCAUCUGGGACAAUGAGAGCAUGAACACAGACUGGGACCGCCAACGUACCCAUAAAAAGCAGAACCGUGGCGAUGCAGCCCCUGUGCCUACUUCAGAUGGCGGCAGCAGGGAUGAACUCUAAGCUAGCCAAUCACAGUGCAGCACUGGACAGCAUGGGGUUUAUUACAGUUUAUGGACAUCGAAAUCUGGUCACAUGGUGAUCAUAUUCAAAUGGUGCUGAAAACAUACUGAGGAAAGAUUCAUGUGUCUUAAAUGCUUACAAAUAUGAAAAACAGUAUUAGAAAAUUCAGAACCCAAGAGUUCUUUGGUUGUCCAUUAAUGGUUACAUGUAGAACCCUAUAACUUCCAAGUACCAUUUCAGGAUGGUACGAACCCUUAAAUAUUCAAUGAGCUCUUAAAGAACCUAAGAAAAUAAGUACCAAUAAUAUGGAGUUUGCACCACACCUUUACCUAGUUAAUACAUACACUCUUGGGGGUUCUUCAAUGGUUCUUUGGAUGAUUUAGAUUUCUUAGCGUCUUUAAAAAAGUUCUACUUGAACCCUUUAUUGUAGUGUUGUACAUUGAACCUACACUGAAAAGUUUCUCCAGGAGGACAAUCAAAGGGUUCUAAAUAUUUUACCCACGAUUUUUUUAAACUAUAAAAUGAAUAUCAUAUACUUUAUGCUAAUCAGCUCCAAUUGAUGUUCAUUUGUUUAGUUUUUUUUCUGAAAUAUCAAUGUUUCUCUUACUUUACAUUCCCACAGAUGGAGAAAAUCCCAAAGCCAUUUCU